CGCCUCUCCACAUUUCGUCUCCCUCUCUCUUUAAAACGCCCCAAAUCUCUCUCUAUCCCUAUCCCUCCCAUCCUCAACCUCUCAAAGCAUCACUCUCUCUAUAUCUCUCUCGCUCCUCUCUCCGUCCUCAGAUCUCCGGAAAUGGCCCUUGAAAUCCAAGUUCCCUGCGCUUCCGAUGGUGUCUGCAUGCGGUGCAAGGUGGCGGUUCCAUCCGAGGAGUGUCUCACCUGCAGCACAUGCGUUACGCCGUGGCACGUGUCGUGUCUCCGGUCUCCUCCCAAAACCCUAGCCUCCACUCAGGCGUGGGAGUGUCCCGAUUGCUCCGGCGUCGUUGAUCCCGUUCCGGUUUCCGGAUCCAACGGGUUUAACCCCGACGGAUCAACACUUGUGGCGGCGAUUCGAGCGAUCGAGGCCGAUGAGUCUCUGACCGAGGCGCAGAAGGCUAAGAAGAAGCAGAGGCUGUUGAACGGCAAAGCCGUCGUUGAGGAGGACGAGGAAAAGAGCGAAACGAACCCCGACGGUGUUUUGGCUGCUCUCAAGGAAAGUUUCCAGUGUGUCAUCUGCCUCGAGUUGCCUGAGAAGCCGGUCACGACAUCGUGCGGGCACAACUACUGCCUCAAGUGUUUCCAGAAAUGGGCUGCGAAAAGGGGCCGUGCGUGUUGGUGUCGCAAGAAGCUUGCUCAGAAGAUGAUAGCAAACCCCAGGAUCAACCUGACUCUCGUGGCCGCUAUUCGUAUGGCGAAGGAUUCCGGAUCUUCUUCUGUGGCUCCUCCUAAGGUGCAGCAUUACAUCAGCGAUCAAGAUCGCCCUGAGCAGGCGUUCACAACGGAUCGCGCAGUGAAGUCGGGAAAAGCGAAUGCGUGUUGCGGCAGGAGAGGUGUGACGUCCCCUACUGACCAUUUCGGUCCGAUCGGGCCGGAGUACGAUCCAAGCAGAAACCGAGGGGUUUUGGUUGGUGACACCUGGGAGGAUCGUCUGCACUGUAAGCAGUGGGGGGCUCACAACCCCCACAUCGCAGGAAUCGCUGGUCAAUCCGGUCACGGUGCUCAGUCAGUGGCCCUUUCAGGUGGAUAUGAAGAGGACCAAGACCACGGAGAAUGGUUUCUCUACACGGGAAGUGGAGGACGUAACCUGAAAGGUAACAAAAGAACCAACAAGGAACAGUCGUUUGACCAGAAGUUCAGCAAGGGAAAUAAAGCUCUGAAAAGGAGUUGCAAGAUGGGAUAUCCCGUACGAGUUAUCAGGACCCACAAGGAUAAGCGUUCUGCUUAUGCCCCCACUGUUGAGAAAACUGUGAGAUACGAUGGUGUCUACCGCAUUGAAAAGUGUUGGAUGAAUGUUGGAGUACAGGGCUUUAAGAUGUGUCGUUUCCUCUUCGUGAGAUGCGACAACGAGGCAGCUCCUUGGACAAGUGAUGUUACUGGGGACCGCCCGAGGCCCAUUCCUAACGUUCCUGAGCUUCGCAAUGCCAUUGAUCUGUACGAGAGAGAGGAUAGUCCAUCUUGGGACUUUGAUGAAUCUGAUGGACGUUGGAAGUGGGUGAAGAGCCCACCUGCCAGCAGGAUGAUCGGCGGCAUGAACAAAGGCCCAAGGAAGGGAAGAAAGAGUUCCUUAUCCAUCAGAGACCAGCUUUUAAAAAGUUUCGGCUGCCCAAUCUGUAAGGACGUGCUGAAAUCUCCUGUGUCAACUCCUUGCGGGCAUAACUUCUGCAAGGACUGCUUAACAGCCAAAUUCGCUGGGAUCUCUGUAAUGAAGGACAGGAGCAGAGGUGGGCGCACGCUCCGUGCCAAGAAGAACGUCAUGAAGUGUCCUUGUUGCAAAUACGACAUUGCCGAGAUUGUCCAGGACCCACAGGUCAACAGAGACUUCGAGAGUGGGAUAGAGAAACUGAAGAAGGAAGAGGAGGAGGAGGCAGCAGCAGAAAAGGCAAAAUCGGAAGAGGAAUUAAAAGCGGGAGAGGAUUCCUCUGACGGAGAAUCAGAAGAUGAAGACGAAGACGAAGCUGACGAAGAGGGACGCGAAGAACCUCAGAUUGUGGCCAAACAUGAACCAGCAAGGAAGAAGAGAAAGGUGGCCAGUGUUACUGCCUAACUUUGGCAUUGUUUUGCCAAUCGGUUAAUUAUUGUGAAGUUUGUCAAAAACUUUGUUUUUCUGUUUUUAGUACCUCAAAAACGUUGGUCUCUAUUUUGAAAAUAAAUGUUACCUUAUUAGGAUUUCUUAGAUAUGGUAUGUUGUUUUGAAAUGUCGCCAAUAUUUCUUUAUAUUUACUUAUAUAAAAUAAAUUAUUAGAAUCACUGUUUGAAGAAAGAAAAAGUGGAGAUAUAUUAUUAUUA